AUGACGUCCGACUCAGAAAGCGAAAGCGACGACGAAGAAUACAACCAAGGACCCGACAUUUUUGAAGCCGCGGCUGACGAAGAAAUCAAGGAAGACCACUGGGAGUAUCACAUGCGCAAAAAUAUGAACGAUGGCGCCGGAGACGCCGUUUAUCGCAAUCUGGCGUAUAAAGCCGUGUGUAACUGCAUGCCCGUGUGCAAAGAAGGGUGCAUGAAUCCGUAUUGGAUGUGGACCAAGAAAUAA